CCAUGACUCUCUCUCUCUCUAAUUAUAUAUAUACAUGUGUAGAAGAAGUAAUAGUAGUAGUAGUUUCUUCUUCUCAUGGAGUCUCCACCUUUCAUAUUUCAUCUGCUCAUUUUUUUUUUUUUUGUUUUGGUUCUGUUACCUUCUGAUCCUUUUUGUCUUUCCUCUUUAUAACAUAACUUUUUCCUUUUCCAUCAUACACAUAUAUGGUCUAUGAUAAGUGUGGUUUGGUUUUAUUUGUUAAUUUUUGAAUGCAUGUGGAGUUUGGGAUCAUGGUGGUGUUAUUGGUGUAGAUGGUGAAGGAGAUUUGGGUAAAAUUGUUACUUUUAUCGGGUUCAGGACUUAUUUAUUUAUUCUUGGUUCUUGAUAGAGACUCUCUCUGUCUACACACACACAUAUCAGACUAAUCUCAAAGUGAUCCAAAAAGAACUAUUUUUCGUAAAGGAUCUUCAGGAUUUCCUGUCACAGUUCAGAAUUCUUUGGUUAACCAAAUGCCUAUUCAAGUUCAUAACUUACCCAAUAAAAGUUUUGGUCGAAGUCCCAUCCAUGCAAUGUCGUAUUUUUCUCUUAAUUGUCCAUCAUGGAGGAAUUCACAUGAACACCAACUUCACGAGUCUUUAUCCAAGAAUUCAAGUUUGGAAGUGGAAUCUCCACCCCGACACCGUAAAGAGGCAAAGCGUUUAGGUUUCCAACUGCAAAACCAGAACUCAUCCUCAUCUCAGUCAACUGAUCAAUCUCACCAGGAAGUGACUGUUAUUGGAGGGACUAAUUCUCAAGCUCAAUGCAUUUCAUCAGAAUCUGAUCAAGACAAAAGUCAUGGGAAACGUAUAGAAGACCAAAUGAAGCCAGUUUUCUUAAUGGCCAAUCCGGAUUUAGUCAUCAAUCCUUCACAAGUUGAUAUUAGGCACACAAUGUCUUGCAUUCCCCAUAAUUAUGCUGAUCCGUGCUUCACUGGGUUAUAUACUGCCUAUGGACCGCAGGCCAUCAUUCAGCCCCAAAUGGUGGGAAUAGCACCUGCACGGGUCCCACUGCCUCCUGAACUUUCAGAAGAUGGCCCCAUUUAUGUCAAUGCAAAACAGUAUCAUGGAAUUCUCAGAAGGAGACAGACACGGGCAAGGCUCGAGGCUCAAAAUAAGCUUGUCAAAAAUCGAAAGCCAUAUCUUCACGAGUCUCGGCAUCUCCAUGCAUUGAAUAGGGUAAGAGGUUCUGGUGGACGCUUUCUCAGCACCAAAAAGCUUCAACAAUCUGAGCAGAGCCCCACUACCAACUCCCAUUAUCCUUCGGGCUCUCGUCACUUUUGUCAAAAGGGAUAUAUGUCACAGUUUGAUAACCAUCAGUCUGAAAGCAGCACGAGUGUCACCAACACUGAUGUCCAUUUACAGCAGCAGGAUCACAGAUUCUCAGUCAUCUCUCCACACAUGGGCGUCACUGUUGCAGGCAACGGGAGCCUUAUGUGCAAUGGCACUUGGCCCCGAGCUCCAGUUGUCCGGUGAGGUGGGAGCAAAUGCUCCCCUGCCACCGGCUGGGCAAUUCAUCCUUGGCUUUGUCACUUCAACUUCCUAUGGUUUGAGUUUGUUAUUAAAGACGUUGAGAAUCCUCCUAAUCCUAAAAUACUCUGUUACUUUCUUAUUCUAUAUAAAUUCUGAAUAAAUAGACAUAAUUUUAAAGUGGUCAUGUUCAUGUUUGGGGGUU